GGUAACGUGACUUCCUGGUAACGUGUUAGGUAGGAAAAGCAGUAAAAAAGUGCAUAUUAAGGGAGCAGAUUUGAAAUAAUAUUUAUACUUAACAAGAAAUAAUUAAAGGUUCAAUGGGGAGACCUAAAGAUUUACGCAUAUGGGAGCACUACCGUACUUUACCAAACAAGUCUGUUUCUUGCAAGCUUUGUAAUAAGGUCUACAAAUUCAGUAAUGCUGCCAAAAUGCUUCAACAUCUUAUCACUUGUCCAAAAUCUCCAGAAACAUUAAAAGACUCUAUGAAACUUAUAAAAGAUAGCUCGUCCAAAACCAAAAUGUCUGGACUGUCAGAGAUAGAGACAAAUGAUUCUUUUAUAAGCCCCUCGUCGUCUGCUAACACUACAAUAAAUGCUGAGUUUCAAGACACCGAUGAUCAUAUAAAAACAGAAUUAGCGAGAGCUAUAUUUGUAACAGGGACGCCAUUAUCGAUGGUGCAACAUCCUUUAUGGAUACAAUUUUUCGAAAAAUUGCAACCAAAAUUUAAAAUACCUUCACGUAAAGCUUUAGCGACAAAAUACUUAGAUAAAAUAUAUAGAGAAAUGCGUUUUGAGUUAAAUGAGGAACUAAAUGCUUGUAGUUACUUACACCUUCAGUGCGAUGGCUGGUCUAAUUUAAGAAAUGAAGGAAUAAUAAACUUUCUUAUAUCAAAACCUCAACCUGCAUACGUUAAAAGUUUGAAUACAGAAAGUAAUCCUCACACUAGUGAAUACCUUAGCCAAGAAGUUGAAAAAGUAAUGAAAGUGUAUGGAGCAAAUAAGUUUCUUGUACUUAUUGGCGAUAACGCUAGAAAUAUACAAAAGGCAUUCGAAUUAACAAAACUCAAAUAUCCACAUGUUGUUCCUCUCGGUUGCUGUGCACAUAUCCUUAACUUGUUGUGCCAAGAUAUUGUAAAGAUACAAGAAGUAACUGUGUUUAUUAUGCAAGCCAUAAAUAUAAUAAAAACUGUUAAAAGGAGUCAACGAUUAAGUUCCUUGUUGAUAAAAUCAAGGCAGGGUGAAGAUUCUACACAAACACUAAAAUUGCCUUGUGCUACAAGAUGGGGAAGUCAUGUUACUUCGUUAAAAAGUUUGAAAGCAAAUAAGAUAGCUUUGCAAAUAUUAACAGUUAGAGAAGAUGUGGUAAUUUCAAGAGAUAUUAAAGAUUUAAUUCUAAGUGAUGAUUUCUGGACGAAGACAGGGGAAUGUAUAAGUAUUUUGGAACCAGUCACUGAAAGCAUAUUUUACUUAGAGAGCGACCAGAAUCGUUUGCAUCGCACAUACAUUACAUUUAGAGAUGUACAAGCUAAGAUACGUUUUGCAUUAAAUGAGAUUUCGACAUUGAGCGAAGAAAGCAAACAGCAGAUUCUAACAUCAGUAUCUUCAAGAUGCAAUAUGGCAAUGAGGCCAAUACAUUUUGCAGCAUAUAUUCUAGACCCCAGGACUCUAGGAGUCGAACUUACUCAAGAGGAAGAACUUAAGGGUAUGGAGUUUAUCUACAAUUUAAGCCAACACUUAAGUUUGUCAAAUGUAAUGGCAGAUUUGGCGUGUUAUAAAGCUAAAGAAAACUUUUGGGCCAGAGGAUUUGUAUGGAGCUCAUUAGAUAGCAUUGAGCCCCUAAUAUGGUGGAAAGGUAUUUGUGGUUCCACUGAGUUAAACAAAGUAGCGAUUCGUAUUCUAUCAGCUCCCUGUACUUCGGCAGCCACUGAGCGUUCCUUUAGUAUCCAAGGCUACAUACAUAAUAACAAAAGAAAUCGACUUACAACUGAAAGAACUGAAAAAAUUUCAUUCAUUUGUUAUAACUGGAAUCUUAAACAUAAAGCUGAAUGCGAGGACAUUCAGUUUAAUGAAGAAAAUACCUUAGAAGCUUUCAUUGAGCAAGUAAAUGAACAUAACAGUUUAGACGAAAUAGAGCCUAUCGAACCUAUACAAUUCAUCGCUUGUAAUAACUCUGAAUCUGACAGUGAUUGACUGUAGUUUUACAUUUUACUUUCAUCUCUUUCUUAAUAAACUCAAAAUCAAAUUAAAAGUUUUUUAUUCUGUAGGCUGCAUAAUAAUAUUGUCUAUGUCCAGUAUAGUGGACGUCUUGCGGCUGAGAUGACGAUGAUGAAGUACAAAAUCAUAAACACCCAAAAAUUUGGGUGUUUAUGGGGUUUAAACCCAAUAAACCCAAAACACCCGGUUUUUACCCACCAGACUUUAAACCCACCCAGGUGGAUUGCCCAUCUCUAGUC